AUGCUUGUGAACUGUUCCAAGUGCCGGACCACCUUACAGCUCCCACACGGAGCAAAAUCCAUACGCUGUGCAGUCUGCCGCGCCAUCACUCUCAUCGGCGAACCCCACAACGCGCCACCUACGCCGCCACCAACUUAUCUUCCGUCUCCCACCACCUCCAGUACCAACAACUAUAACUACUAUGCUUCCCCGCAGGUACCCCAUCCGGCAACUGUUCCAGCUCCGUCUCCGUACAACCACGCUCCACCAAGUCAACCAGCCUCGGUCCAUGGACGGAAAAAGGCCGUGAUCAUUGGGAUCUCGUACAAGAAAUCGAAGAAUGUGCUCAAGGGUUGCAUUAAUGAUGCUAAGUGCAUGAAGUUCAUGUUGGUCAACCGCUUCAAGUUCCCUGAAGCCUCCAUUCUCAUGCUUACUGAAGAAGAAACUGAUCCAUACAGAAUUCCAACAAAACACAAUAUUAGGAUGGCAAUGGUUUGGCUUGUACAAGGUUGUCAGCCCGGGGAUUCCCUGGUGUUUCAUUAUUCUGGACAUGGUUCACAACGGAGAAACUACACUGGAGACGAGAUUGAUGGAUAUGACGAAACACUUUGCCCUUUGGAUUUUGAAACACAGGGAAUGAUCGUGGACGAUGAAAUUAAUGCAACAAUCGUUAGGCCUCUUCCUCGUGGAGUCAAGCUUCACGCAAUCAUUGAUGCCUGUCAUAGUGGUACAGUGCUAGACUUGCCAUAUCUUUGUCGAAUGGACAGAACAGGGCGUUAUGCAUGGGAGGAUCAUCGUCCUCGAUCAGGUGCUUGGAAAGGAACUAGCGGAGGAGAGGUCAUAUCCUUCAGUGGCUGCGACGAUGAUCAAUCUUCUGCUGAUACUGCCGCUCUAUCCAAGGUUACUUCGACGGGGGCAAUGACUUACGCUUUUAUCCAAGCAAUCGAACACGGGCAAGGAAAAACUUACGGAAGUAUUCUAAAUGCAAUGCGAUCUACCAUCCGAAAGACUGCUGAUGAGAUAGGAGGGAGCAUUGUGACAACACUUUUAACAAUGCUCUUGACCGGGGGAAGUGCUGGUAUCGGAAUGUCACAGGAACCACAACUUACUGCUAAUGAACCAUUUGAUGUAUACACGAAGCCAUUUUCACUAUGA